UUGCCGUUCCCAUCGCUCAGAUGUCCCAUCUCCUCUCUCCGCGGACAGCAGCGCACAGGAUGUGCGCCGGAUGAACUUGAGCUGCACGGGAAGCAUUUAGAUGCCGUCCUGCUGUGCCGUUACCGUUGCAGAAGUUUAACUUCUUUGGGUGGGGCAAACAACCUGCUGGGAGUCAACUGAUUCCGUAAGGCUUCACUGUGACAUGUAAAUAUGUCGGAACCACGCUGCAAAAGACUGAAAACUAGCCUCCCUAUCUGCAAAAACCACAAAGCGCUUAGUGGCAGCCGGGUGACGCAGAACCUGCCAGCCGUGGUGGAGGAGAGUCUCUGCGGCGUAACGACCUUGCUAAUGGAGGCUGCUUACAGGCUUCAAGCGCUGGCUCGGAUAUUUGAGCAGCAUGAUGUCGCCCUGCCAAGGGUAGCUGGCUUUUUCCAUCAGGAAUCGGAGAAGGAGCAGAAGCAGGCUGAGGCUAUGCUGGCCUAUCUGACGGAGCGGGGGGCACACUACUGCAAUAAGGACAUCAAGAAACCUGGGUGUGAGGAUGUAUGUUCCCUCAUCCCUGCCCUGGAGGUCAUGCUUGCUCAGUGGAAGGAGCUUUUGUCAUGCAUGGUGGAGCUUUGCCAGUUGGCCGGCGAGCACGGCGACCCACACACGGCCAGCACGGUCAAGGGCUGCUUCCUCGCCCCUCUGGUCCCCAAGGUCAAAGAGCUGGGUGAUCUUCUGACCAACGCCAAGAGAGCGGGAUGUGCCGACCAUGAGCCCGGCUUUGGAGAGUACCUAACAGAUCAGCUUCUGGAGGAGUGGUCUGGUAUCUGAUCCUGCUCACCCACUCUCAUUUGUACACAUAAACACCCUGUCCAGACCCCACACCCUUCCUUCCAAAGGCAUUUUGUAAGUGUUCCUGUUGUUGAUUACUUCUGUAUAUUUAGCUGAUCCUUUCAUCCAAAGCAACAUGCAACUGAGAAAGCAGAGUGAGUCAGUCUUUGGAUGAAUUCAAGUUAAGGGUCUUGCUCAAGGGCCCAAUGGUGAAAUCACUCUGCUGACCAUGGGAAGGGCUCAAAGAUUUGAACCAACAACCUUCCAAUCAAACCAAAUUGGAUUUAUCGGUACAUUCAGUAUUAAGAUGUGUUCCAUUUCAUUUUCCUCAUACAAGUCCUUGGUAAACAUGAAGCCAGUCGUCGUGUUUUGGAAUUGUAGGAGACCACCCACACGGGGAGAGAACUUACAAACUCCACUCACUGGGUUGGGGGCAGAACCCCUGACGCUGGAGGUGUGAGGCUAAUGUGCCGCCCACUGAGAUGCCAUGCCGCACCUUCCUUUGGAACAAGCUGGUCAAAAUCUAGAUGAGUAAAGAUAGAAUUUGCAGUGCUAAAACUGCACUGCCGAGUGUUUGUGUUGGACUCUCUAGUACAGGGGUUCUCAAAGUCCGGAUCACAGUUCAGAUGCAGACCAAACCACAUGCUAAUCCGGAUCCAUCCGAUAAUGCAGCUUUGGAUCAAUACGGUUUACGUAAAAAGGUUUAAUAUGGUUUGAAGUACAAAAAUACAACGUAGAACCACCAAAGUUCACACACGCACAUAACUCGUCAUAACUCCCACCCAAUGACAGUCUAAACGAUUGGCGAGUGUUAAAAAGUUCACAUUUUUGUUAUAUAUUGAUGUAUAUAUCGAAAGUUAUAGUCAUGAAAUGCUGUUUUGUUAUUGGAAACUGUUCCCGACCCCUGACUUUGAACAAAAAUCAUACAGAUACAAACCUUUGAUCAUGACGUUUGAGAAGCUCUGCUCUAGCACUCCAAGUAAGCUGUGAUUUGGGUGCGUGGUGUUGGGUGUGGAGCACCAGGUUUUUGUGACAAUCUAACGUGUGUAGCAUUCCAGAUUGAGUGGCUGAGGUUAAUGACAAAUGGUGUUACUGAGGGAAGGUGUCCACUUUACAUCCAGGGCCCAAGUUUUCAGUCCUUGGCAAGCAAUAUAUGAAAAAUAAAUAAUAAUGAUAUGAUGGUCCGUUUAAGAACAUUUUUAUUCAUAAUAAAACUGCUUGCGGCAAA